CCAUGGAAACAAAGAAGUAUUUUCCUGUCGAGGAAUAAAACUGGCAGUGGACUGGUUUUUGGAAAGAGGCCAUAAAGAUAUUACAGUUUUUGUUCCUGCUUGGAGGAAAGAGCAAUCCCGACCUGAUGCUCUCAUUACAGAUCAGGAAAUUUUACGCAAAUUAGAGAAGGAGAAAAUCCUGGUGUUUACGCCAUCCCGUCGAGUCCAGGGGAGGCGCGUGGUGUGCUAUGAUGACAGGUUCAUUGUGAGGCUGGCUUUUGAGUCGGAUGGUAUAAUUGUGUCCAAUGAUAACUACAGGGAUUUGGCUAAUGAAAAACCAGAAUGGAAGAAGUUUAUAGAUGAGCGGUUAUUGAUGUAUUCCUUUGUCAAUGACAAGUUCAUGCCCCCUGAUGACCCUCUUGGUAGACAUGGGCCAAGUCUGGAUAACUUUCUGAGGAAGAAACCUAUUGUUCCUGAACACAAAAAACAGCCUUGUCCAUAUGGAAAGAAGUGUACCUAUGGACACAAGUGCAAAUAUUACCAUCCGGAAAGGGGGAGUCAGCCGCAGCGGUCAGUGGCUGAUGAACUUCGUGCCAUGUCUAGAAAUACAGCAGCUAAAACUGCAAAUGAAGGAGGACUAGUGAAGAGCAACAGUGUUCCCUGUAGCACGAAGGCAGAUAGCACUUCUGAUGUUAAACGAGGUGCUCCAAAGAGGCAAUCUGAUCCGAGCAUAAGGACUCAAGUCUACCAGGACCUAGAAGAAAAGCUUCCCACCAAAAACAAAUUGGAAACCAGGUCUGUACCCUCCUUAGUUAGUAUACCGGCUACUUCUACUGCAAAACCCCAAAGCACUACAUCUUUAAGCAAUGGCCUUCCAUCUGGAGUUCAUUUCUCACCUCAGGAUCAAAGACCACAGGGACAGUAUCCUCCAAUGAUGAUGGCAACCAAAAAUCAUGGAACGCCAAUGCCUUAUGAACAGUAUCCAAAAUGUGACUCGCCUGUUGACAUUGGAUAUUAUUCCAUGUUGAAUGCAUAUUCAAAUCUGAGUAUCUCAGGCCCACGAAGUCCAGAAAGGCGUUUCUCAUUAGACACAGAUUAUAGAGUAAGUUCUGUAGCUUCUGACUGCAGCAGUGAAGGGAGCAUGAGCUGUGGGAGCAGUGACUCCUACGUGGGGUACAAUGACCGGUCCUAUGUCAGUUCUCCUGACCCGCAAUUGGAAGAGAAUUUGAAGUGUCAACACAUGCACCCUCACAGCCGCCUUAAUUCCCAGCCUUUCCUGCAGAAUUUCCAUGAUCCCUUAACCAGAGUACAAAGUUACAGUCAUGAAGAACCAAAGUUCCAUCAUAAGCCUCCUCUUCCACACUUGGCUGUGCAUCUGCAGCACCCUGCUGUAGGUGCCCGGUCCAGCUGCCCUGGUGAUUACCCCUCUCCUCCAGGUGCAGGACACUCUAAGGCACCACACCUAGGGAGGGCCUUAGUGGCCACGAGAAUAGACAGCAUUUCUGACUCUCGACUGUAUGAUAGCUCUCCUUCCAGACAAAGAAAGCCUUACUCCCGCCAGGAAGGGCUGGGAGGCUGGGAUAGGCCAGGUUAUGGCAUGGAUGGGUGUGGGUACCGGCAGACGUACUCCUUACCCGAUAGCUCCACUCCUCCAUGUUAUGAGCAGCUCACUUUCCAGAGCCUACCUGAACAGCCAGAGCCCACCUGGCGAAUACCGUACUGUGGAAUGCCACAAGAUCCUCCACGGUACCAAGACAACCGAGAGAAGAUUUACAUCAACUUGUGCAACAUCUUCCCACCUGACCUUGUGAGAAUUGUCAUGAAAAGGAACCCUCACGUGACAGAUGCCCAGCAACUUGCCGCAGCCAUUUUAGUGGAGAAAUCACAGCUGGGUUAUUGAAAGAUGAUGCAUCUUUGUGGUGUUUAGUAGUUUUUUGUUCAGCGCAAAUGCUGAGGGAGGUUUGCUACAAUAGCACAUGUGAUCUCCUUCUCAGCAAGGAGGUUAUAUAGUAUCCAUUUAUGUGAAAUACUGUAUCAUGGAAUCUGUAUGUAUAGCCCCACUUGGUGGAAGUAUCACAAGAUUGCUUUACAGUCAAAACUUUUUUUUUAACAUUUCCUUUUUAAAGCUAUAUCCUUGGCUGGAAAUUUUUCCAGUUUGAUUUAAUAGAUGUAUCUGUGACCUUUGAUAUUAAUCUUUGGUGCAUCAGGGGUUUAUAUGCAGCACUUUUUAUCCUUGUUUCAUGUUUUAUUAACUUCGUGUUUGUCUAUCAAUUGCAAGCAACUACAGUACCUUCAGAAUGUGGGACACCUGACUAGACCUAGCAAACUGUUUUCCCAAGCCAAGGUUAGCUAGAAUCUUUCAUAGCUUUUUAAGUUAUUUUUAUUUGGGGGAAGUGGGCUUCUUUGUGCUGUAAUCAUUAUUUAUAGAAACAAAGAUAAACUACAGCACUGAGUUUAUAUUUUAAAUAAAAUGUAAGUUACCAGUUAAUGUUAAAAUGGGUAACAGUAUAUAUUAGAAUGAUUUACAAUAUGGCACUUUUUAUUAUUUUAUUUUUCUUUGGGUUUUUUUUUUUGCUGUUAAGAAAUUAGUUAAUUUAAUAUGGUCAGUUUAAAAGAAAGCAGAUGCAAUCAAUGGAAAAAAUUGUUUCCAUUUUUUUUUUUUUAAACAAGUCAAAAGCUGUAACUUACACGUUAGAGCUUUGUUAUCCGCUGAUGACGUGCUUCUAGAUGGUAGCAAUGGAAUUGAAUUCCUGAAUUUCCAUUAGCCUGUACUUUUAGUGUCUGUCUUUUUGUUUGGGGGCACAACAAUACUGGAUAAAUAACCUUUCACAGUACUUGCCUGUUUUUAAUGAAUCUAAUUAUUCUUAAUGCAACUUUUGUAUUUAAUACACUCUAGCUUUCCUGCUAUUUAUCAAGGCUGGCCUGAGGUGGUUUUAUGUGUUGAGGAUAUGCAACUUUUAUUGAUACUGCACUAUAGAAAUGGUAAUGGAGGAGUUGUAAAUGGUAACUUAAAAUUUUUUGUAAGAUACUGUAUAUUUUCCAUUUUCCUGGAGGUAGUUUUUUGGGGGGUCGGGGAGCCUGUUAUACUAUUAAGGCCAGACUCUUGCCACAAAUAGUGUAGUUUUAGAUUCAGACUAAAGUCUGUUCUCGUAUUAGCAAGGGAUAUUUCUGGUUUCAAAGUCGAGGGUUUUGCUUGCAGUGAUUACAUUUCUGAGGCUAGAAGAUGGGUUUUGCAGUCGGUGGCAGACAGUUGGUGUGACUGACGUGACCUAACUGUUCCUUCCGAUUCCGAAUUUGACCUAGCGUAUGAGAACACAUUCAGAUCUGUUUCCGUAGUCUGCCUGGAUGCUCUGAUCAUUCGGAUUAUUCUGCAUGCUACAGUUUGAAGUAAAGCCCUGGAGAACCAGAAAGUACCUUUUACUGUUGAUACAAAUUGUAUCUUUUUAACAAUAAGAACUAUUUUGAUUUGUAGAUCUAGUUAAAAACACAAAUGUGUAACUAUGAUUAGACUUUUGGGCAACAUUUUAUCCCUUAUUUAAAUACAAAAUUUUAAAAGAAAAUUGACGUCUAGAAUAGGUUAGAAAAUAAAAGUAACAAUUAAGGUAAAUAAAAGUGUCUGUCUUAGUUUUAUAUGAUAUGAAACAUACUAAAUAAAUUUAUUGGCAUUUUCUUUUUCCUAAAACUUCUCUAGUGUGAACUUAACUUAAAAUAAAGGUAAAAUGCUGCCUGAAAAUAAUGUCCAAGCAUCUUUGACUAGGAUAACAUUUUCACUACUUGUGUGACACUGUGUGUUGCAUGAAGUAGGAUUUGGGUAUACAGUAAAUGCUUCUAAAAGGCAUUGUGCAUAUUGACAUAUCCAAUAAUCUGAACCAUGUUCAGCAAACUUAAUUCAGGAAAGUGAUGUUCUACACAAUUGUUGCUGUUGUGUUUGAAGUGAGUGUGGCACAUAUUUAUACCCCAAAAUAAAGUAGAUGAUGCCACAUAAACCAUUCUGAGUGGCAUUUGUCUCAGAGUGACCCUACUCACUUGUGAAUUGUUUUUCUUGAUUUUGUCAGUCAUUAUUUAUAGAACAAGUUUAAAUGUAGAGGCUAAAUGAGUGCCAGAAGCAGGGUUAACUUAUUCAGAUGUGUUAGUGUACCUUUUAUUUUAGUAAUAGUCUAAGACUUUAUAGCAUGAAAUCACUUUUAAAUUGUAUAUGUAAGUUUGGCCUCCGUUUUCAUUUUAGUAUUUUAAUUAUCUGAAAAAUGCCAAACUUUACUAAAAUUGUUUCAAAUGAAAUCUUAGGUAAAAUUGAUAGGACUUUUAAAAUUUGACCUUCUAAUGUUUUUAGCUGGCUGUUUGUUAUUACUAUUAUUUUGGAAAAUAGUAUAGUCUGUCAACACUUGUACUAGAGAGAAUAGUUAUGAACUACCCACACCUAAACCUUUCAAUGUAACUAGUUGUGAGUGAAGAAAUAAGUUUUCUUACGUCAAGAGGACAAUUUAUUUCCUUUUUUGAAGCACCAUUGUUGCUUUUAGAGGUUAAGAAUGAGAUAACUAGCAGACUUUAGGUACAACAAAUUUUUGUUUGUGUAAAGCAGUAAGUAAAGGGAACCCAUUAUUAAUCCAUAGCUGAUCACAAAUGUUCAUUUUAGUAAAGUCUUUCUUCCUAAUCCCUAUUUACUAGGCUUACUCAUAAAUAACUAGAAAGUGAUGUUUUACUUAGCAAUGAAAUUGCCAGAAGUGGUCAGCUAAUAAAAGAAAAAGGAUUCAGAAUGAAAUCUGCCCCUGAAUAUUUGACAGUUUACGUACUUUACACAGUUAACUAGCCCAGUCCAUUGUGUCUGUGUCUUAGUCCAGAGGGAAUAGUACCCAACUGGCCAAAUACUGAAUCUCAGUAUUUCGUCCUUUCUUGCAUGUGAUACAGACAUUUUCAGGCCUGUUUUUAUGAUCUUGUAUCCUAUAAGAGUUUGUUACUGACCUAAACAUUACAACAGAUGCUCACUAGUAUAAAAUAUUUGAUACUAGUGACAACCUGAAUUUUGUGUUUUUAUGAAAAAUGCAUUUAUGAGAAUAUGUAAUAUAACUAAAGAGAGUGUUUAUAUAUGUAUACACAUAAAUAUUUGUUAUAAGAUAUUAAAAUGGGGGAGGUCUUUUGAUGGCUAACAUUUCCCUUAUUGAACUAUGUUUCGUUGAGUUGUGGAUGACCAAGUCUGGGUCUGGAUGACAUAUGAUAAAAUUUUGAACCACUUAUAUGGAAAGCAACUCUUCACUGACUUUAUUCCAGAUACUCUUUUUAGUUUUGUUCUGUAAUAGCUUUAUAGGCAUGAAGUUCACAUAUAUAAUCCUCACCUAUUGAAAGUGUGCAAUUUAACGACUUAGUAUAUUCAGAACCAUACAGCUAUCAUCACAGCAACUUCAGAAAAUUUUCAUCACCCUAAAGAGAAGGCUUAUACCCAAUCAGCCAUCAUCUACCCCAGCUCUAGGCAACUACUAACCCGUUUUUUGCUUCUAUGUAAAUUUCUCUGUUCUGAGCAUUUUUCUAUAUAAAUGGAAUCAUUCAAUAUGUAGUAGUUUGUGAUGGGCUUCUUUCACUUAGCGUUGUGUUUCUGAAGUCCAUCUGUGUUGUUGUUGUACGUCAUCCUUCAUUGCUGAGCAUCAUUCCAUUGUACAGCAGUAAUAUUACAUGUCUUGGAUUGUUCCCACUUUUUGGCUGUUAUAAUAAUGCUGGACAUUUGCAUGUAAGUUUUUAUGUGGACAGGUUUUAAUUUAUCUCGUGUGUACAUCCAAGAGUGAAAAUUGCUGGAUCCCAUGGUGAGUCUGUGUUUAGUGUUUGGGGAAUUUUCCAAGUGACUGCACCAUCUCUGUCCCCACUAGCUUCUCCACACCCUCACCAAGCUUAUUGCCCCUCUUCCACUGUAGCCAUCCUAGUGUGUGUAUUCUGUUGGGGUUUGAUUUGUAUUUCCCUAAUGACUGGUGAUGCUGAGCACCUGUCUUCACAUGUGUUCAUGUGGCCAUUUGUGUAUCUUUGGAGAAGUGUUUAUUCAAAUUGUUUGCCCAUCUUAAAGCCAACUUAACAGUUUAUUGAAUUGUAAGUGUUCUUUGUGUACUGUGGAUACAGUUCCUUUAUCAGAUACAUGACUUGCAAAUAUUUCUCCCCUCUGGUUCGUUUGUUUCUUUUAAACUCUCUUGAUGGAGUCCUUUGAAACACAACAAGAUUUAACUUUUAAUGAAGUCUAGUUUAUUUUUCUCCAUUGCUGUUUCUUUGGUGUUAUUUUCUGAGAAACCAUUGCCAAAUCCAAGGUCAUGAAGACAUACUCCCGUGUUUUCUUCUGAAAGUUUAAUUAAAUCGUUGGUCCACUUGGAGUUAAUUUUUACAUGUGAUGCAAUGGAUCUAACUUCAUCUUUCACAUGUAGAUAUCCAGUACCCUUUGUUGAAAAGACUGUUCUUGAUUGGGUGUGGUAGCACAUACUUGUAAUCCCAGCUGCUCAGAAGGCAGAGAUUGCAAAGAUCACAGUUUGAGGCCAGCCUAGGCAAAAGGUUAAUAUGAACCCAUCUCUGCAAACAAGCCAUGUGUGGUGGUUUGUGAUUGAAAUCCUAGCUAUGUAUGAGGCAUAGGGAUUGAAUCCUGAGGCCAGACCUAGGCAAAAAAUGUGAGACCCUAUCUGUAAAAUAACUAAAGUAAAAAAGGACUGGGGAUGUAGCUGAAGUGGUAGAGCGCCUUCUAACAAGUACAGGGCCCUGAAUUUAAACAGAGAGAGAGAGACUAUUAUCUCUCUACUAAGUGGUAUUGGCAGCUGCCAAAAUCAGUUGGCUAUAAACAUGAGGAUUCACUUCAGUUCUCAAAAUCACAGUUCUUUUCCUUCAUGACUCGUGUGGGCUAUGGAAUUGGGACAUGUGAGCUUUUUAACCCUGCUUGCUCGUUUCCGUGUAAAUGCUGGUGUCUGGCAUCCAGAGUGCAGGCUUUCCCUUGCGUGUGCUCCUGCAGUGGCCGCUUGGGCCGGAGGAAGGGACUGAGGAAGCCCGAGAUGUGAGUCGGAGAGGGAAGGAACUUGUACCAUGUGGAUCUGAGCUGCACAAGGCACCACUCCUGUGCUAUGCUGGCUGACUGCUAGAGAGUGAAGGACUUUCUGAAGAACAGCAGAUAGGGGCAAUCACAAUCCAGCACUGUUUAGUAUUUCUUGUCCUUUCAUUGAUCUGAAAAAACUUCUGUGAGUCUAUCAGAAUGAGCAGUAUGUUCAGGACUCUUCAUGGGAUGAAUCCUGGUUGCCUUUGGAGUGAUUGCUUGCAGAAUGCUCUCAGAUGGUAGAAAAGAACCUGUAGUUGACAAUUAUUUUCAUGGAAAGAAUUGUUGGUCAUGGAGAUGACAUCCAAAACCUCUCCUGUUUCCUAGGAACAGGACCAUUGUACAGAUGUCUGUUUUCUGGUGCAGUCAUCAGAGUGAGUCAUGCUUCACCCCACCUCUGACUUCUGAAGAGUGUGAUGAAGCUUGCCUUCUCUGGAGGACUCUGUGGCAGAAAGUCUAACCACAGUCGCUCAUCUGUGGAACGAGCAGUUCUCCCAACCGGGCUGAGAGAAGGGGCUGGUGUAGACCAGCCCUGGAAAAAGGAUUCCUGAGGUGUGGAUAGCAAAUGGGAAUGAUUGCAGACUGCGCUGCACACAGCUUCACCUGUUUCAUGCAUUUCCAGUGCCUGGUGGUGCUUUGGCAGGAGUCCUGAGUGCCCUUGUGUCAGUUAUUUCUCCUGUCACUGUCUGCUGGGGGUUGGCCUAGUGGGAGAGCUCAAAUCCAAGCAGCUGGAUGGGAAGUACCUAUGGGUAUUGGUCUCUGGAAUUUGGGCCCUGGUUUUGGAAAGGUUGAGUCACUCAGUGCCCCUUGGUUUUGGGGCUUGGUUCUGUAGGAGGGAUGUCGGGAGGAGUGGGAAAUGGUGUCAGUGUAACUGUGCUGACCCUGCUUCUCACUGGGCUGCAGUGUCCCAGCUUUGCUCUGCUGCUCAAUUUGUACUAUGCCUGGGCCUUUGAGUCAAGAUUCAAGUCGACCUUUUGGACUUGGCUUCUUUUGGGCUGACAAAGUGUGGCGCGUUGUUGGUGGUGAGAUCUUUGCCUGUAGGCCCAGGCUGGGUGCUUGCUUGGUAGGUUUUCUGGAAGUUCUUGUUGGCAGAAAGCCCUUGGUUAGCCCAGGACAGACCCACACCUAGGUUCUGAAUGUCCUCGCUCUUGGAUCUGUGGUAAGAGCCUAUAAUGCAGUGACUUUGCUGGCUUGGUUUUGUCUGAAGGUGAGAUUUGGGAUUUGCUCUUUGGCCUGCUCAUCUUGAGAUGUUAAAAACAGUUAUUCAGCUAAGAAAUUUAUAACUCUUUUCCUGCUGUGCACCAAGCCUUUACUAGCUACUGGAUCCAGGGGUCAACAGGACUGAAGAUGCUCCCAUCCUUAAGGAGCUGACACUCUUAAAUCCCUACCCCCAUUCCUUGCAUUCUUAAAUAUUAUUUCAAUAAUUUUAAUAGAACAUGUAAUUUUAAAAUAUACACAAAAACCUUAAAAUAUUAUUGAUUAUUCAAAUGAUUAUUUAACAUGUCUUUUGUGGAUGUAUCUAUAUGUAUAUAGACAGUAAUAUAUUUAUAAAACAAAUAUACUGUAUGUUGUAGUUCUUAGUUUGUGAUAGUUGGGAGGAUGAGUCUGGACUGGUGUAUGUGUGCAUGUGGGUAUGUGAGUUCUGAAAAACUCUAGCUGUUUCCCGCUAAUUUAAUGAUACUAAAGUAUACUUGGUUUUCUUAUUUGUUGUCCAGCUUCCUUAUUCAAGAUAAUAUAAGAUGUCCAUUCUUCUGGCCUUUCUGUUGGUGUAUGACUCUUCUGUUUUAUUACUCUCUAAUUAUUGGGAAAUUCCUGAUUGACCUGAUAUCAAGCAGAUUAUGACUAGAAAUAAUGCUUAUUUUCUAACUACAUUAGAAAUGAAAACUCAGCUGUAAUGUUAAGUUUCCAAGAUAUAUACAAACAAAAUAAGAUGGCAUACACACGUAUUAGAGAAAGCUAAGUGUUAAUGAAAGUAAAGAGACAGGCAUUAUUUUAGAUUGGUCUAGGAAAACCCUCUCUGGUAAUAAUGGGUGGCAAACUUUUUCUGUAAAGGAUCAGGCAAGAAAUAAUUCAGGCUUUGAAAAUCAGAUGGUCUCCUAAAAGCCACUCACCUCUGCCUUUAUAGCAUAAAAGCAGCCAUAGACAAUACGUACGUGAGAGUGUGGCUGUGUUCCAGUAAAGCUUUAUAAAAACAGGUGACAGGCUAGCUUUGGUCCAUGGGCCAUUCCUGAUGCUUGAGAAAAACAGGCAUGUUAAAUAGUGAAUACUGGUAUAUGUUAAUAUAAGAAAUAGUAACUGUGUUUCAACUGAUAUUCAGAGAAAAUCUGAUGACUAUUGGUGUCCUUCAAAAGGUCAUUGUGGGAGUCAUAUGAAAGCACUUACUUGCACUUAAGUUUUUAAGCUGGUCACACCCAUUAUUUGAGAUUCUUGUGUUUAACCACAAAAAUAACCUGUAAGAAGAUGUUUUAAUAAAUAUCAAAAUUUUUCAUGAACUUUGUAUUUCUAUUGAUAAAUGGGAAUCCUUUACUUAUCUUUUGUUUUUUAAUGGCCUUGUACACCAAAAAAAAAUCUGUUGUAUUUUGAAAAUUAGCCUGCAAUUAGCCAUAAAUUUUUUAGAGAGUGUUUAUCAGUUAUAUUUUUCUUUUGUUUCUGUCUUCUAAUAUGUGACAUCU